GCCUCACUCGCAACAGGCUGUAGAGGGGAAUGGAUCCUGCCCUGUCUUGUCGCGUUCUUGUUACGCGCUUCAUACUCCAUAUACUCAGCUGACAUCCAGCCGUUAGCUUACUCCGAGAUGGAGAGCUCGACUUGAAGAGUUACAUAAAGCCCUUACCCUUCGCAUCCCCGCCCGCUCCCGCGUAUCAUCAUGAUACAUUUCCGGCAUUCCCGUCGCAAGCUCCAUCCUACCAAUCGCGACCACGCCCCUUCCCCAUACUCACAGUUUAGUAGCUCCGUGAAACGCAAGAUAGCGAGCUUGACGGGCUCAUACGCGGUCGCGUGGGCAUAAGGAAGGGCGCACCGGUGGAAGUGUUUCGCAAACAAGAAAUGUGCAUUAAUUCUCCUGACCUUGGAAAGGUUACACCCAUGUCACGUGACAUACUUAAAGCAAAUAACAUCAUACCAAUGGCCGAGAUGCGCGCCGAGCUAAGGACGAAGACCGACUGCGCGAGCGGAGAGGCGGUGAAGCGGUCAGGCAGCCCAAAUUCGCGCAUGGCGAGGGGCGCGUUGAAGAGCGGGAUGAAGCCGCCGAAGGUGGUAGUUGUUGCGAGGAGGAGAGGGGGGGACGUGCCGGAGGAGGGGCAGGGAGGGCAUUUUGUGGACGGGUCUGCGGACAAGGAAGAGACCCGUGAAUGCUACGAGAUCGUGGCUGAGGAAGUGAAAGUGGAGUUGGGCACCUUCAAGCGCUGUAAAAGAAGACAAGACAAAGGAGCAGACAAGAUGGAAAAGAUGGCAGAUAUGGCAGAGGAGGUGGCAGACAAGACAUGA